AUGGCGACCCCAGAUGUGAGUGUUCACAUGGAGGAGGUGGUGGUGGUAACGACCCCGGACAAUGUGGUGGACGGCAGCGGCGUGGAAGAGGUGAAAACGGUGCUGGUCACCACCAAUCUUUCCCAGCACAGUGGCGACCUAAACGAAGACACCUUGGAGUCAGAAAAUGCAGCUGCUGCAGCUGCCGCCGCCUUUACAGCUUCCACACAUCUGAAAGAAGCCCUUUUAGUGAAGAUGGCCGAAGGAGACGACUGCGUGGAAGCCGAGAUUGUUUAUCCCAUCACCUGCGGAGACAGCAAAGCCAACCUGAUAUGGCGGAAGUUUGUCUGUCCUGGCAUCAAUGUGAAAUGCGUCCAGUACAACAACCACUUGAUAAGUCCCAAGGAAUUUGUGCAUCUGGCCGGCAAAUCCACCCUGAAGGACUGGAAGAGGGCGAUCCGGAUGAAUGGCAUCAUGCUAAGGAAGAUCAUGGAUUCGGGCGAGCUCGACUUCUACGAACACACCAAGGUGUGCUCCAAUACUUGCCGAAGCACCAAAAUAGAUUUGACAGGAGCCAGGGUCUCUUUAAGCAGCCAGACUUCAACCGAGUACAUCCCGCUCACCCCCGCCUCUGCAGAUGUGAAUGGAUCGCCUGCCACCAUCACCAUAGAAACGUGUGAGGACUCCACCGAUUGGACUACCAGUAUAGGAGACGAUACUUUUGCAUUCUGGCGAGGUUUGAAAAAAGCAGGCCUGCUGGAAGAAGUGAUCCAGGAGUUCCACCUGGAGCUUAUGGAGACUAUGAAGGGCCUCCAGCAGAGAGUUCGGGAUCCCCCCUUACAGCUCAGUGAUGCCGUCUUACUCAACAAUACGGUCCAGAACUUUGGCAUGUUAGAUCUGGUGAAGAAGGUUUUGGCAAGCCACAAAUGCCAAAUGGACCGUUCCAGAGAGCAAUAUACCCGAGACUUAGCAGCUCUGGAGCAGCAGUGCGACGAGCACCGGAAGAGAGCGAAGGAGCUGAAGCACAAAUCGCAGCAUCUCAACAACGUCCUGAUGACCCUGACGCCGGUCUCCAUCCCGUCCCCUCAGAAGCGCCCCAGGCUGACCAGAGCCACGUCGGGGCCCCCCGCCAUCACCUCUCAAGUACUGACCCAGUCGGCCCAGAUCGCCCUGGCUCCGGGAAUGCCGGUCACUCAGCUGGCCAACCUGCCCCUCGGCAAAGUGGUCUCGGCCCUCCCGGCACCCACGCUCGGGAAGGCCGCGACGCAGCUCACCUCCACAAACUCUCCAAUCUCCCCGCUGCUGGGCGGCUACACCGUCCUGGCGUCCGCGGGCUCCGCGUUCCCCAACACGGUCGAGAUCCACCCAGACGCCUCCAACCUCACGGUGCUGAGCACGGCGGCCAUCCAGGACGGCAGCACCGUGCUGAAAGUGGUCAGCCCUUUCCAGCUGCUCACCCUCCCGGGACUGGGCACGGCCAUCCAGAACGUGACGCAGAUGGCUCCCGGCGGGAGCACGAUUGUGACGGUGCCGUCCGGCGUCGUCGAGGGCGCCGCGGCCACCGAAGAACACACCGCCAUCGAGGUGACCACGGUUGCGGGAGAGCUGGAGCAGAAGUGAAACGUGGACGUGGGUCCGGUUUCUGGGGAGGGGGGGUGCUCCGCGCUUGCUCCGCACAGCCGUGCCU